GCUCGCAAGUGAAGGGAUCGGUGGCCGAGGCAGGUUUGGGUGGUGAUCUCCGCAGAUGGAUGCGCUCUUCAUACUCAACGACGCUGGGUGAGUGAGUGACAGGAUAGAUCUCACUCAUUGCACACACACACGCCGUCUGCCUUGUGUAUCCGUGCAGGAGUUUCAUCGUCGAGAAGCACUUCCGAGGCCGCAUUGGCCGCGCCGUCUGUGAUCCUUUCCUGGACCUGUUGCAGACCCAUGCCGAGAGGGGCUGGCGGGCGGGGGACGCCAUUCCCGCGGUGUUCAGCCACGACAGGCGCCACACGCUCUUCCACAUCCGCAAACACCGACUCUUCUACCUCGGCGUCACCAGAGUCGAUGUACGCUUGCGAUCACUGACAGACAGGCUGACAGUCAGGCAGACAGGCAGAGAUCGGUGGGGGUGGCAAUGUGUGUGUGUGUGCAGGUAUCUCCCUUGACGAUGCUGGAGCUGUUGGAGCGCAUCCACAGUGUGCUGGUGACCUACUUUGGCGAGGUGACGGAGGACACGCUGCGGUCCCACUUCUCCACCCUCUACCUGGUCCUCGACGAAAUGGUCGACAGCGGCCUCCCCGCCAUCACUGAACCAAACCUGCUAGAGGUCAGUGGCCACCAUUCCACUCUAUCGAAGCAUCUCCCUCCCUCCCUCCCUCCCUCUCUCUCUCUCUCUCUCUCUCUCUCUCCCCUCUCUCUGUGCCAUGCAGAUGCUAAUCAGCCCCCCCUCAGUGCUGAACAAGGUGGUGCAGGUGGUGAGUGGGUCAUCCAAGGUCCUCAGCGAGCUGGCGUGGGGGUCAUCAGGGACCAACCAGCCGCCGCAGGCCAACAUGGGUGAGCCGGCGGGCCCGUUCGGCAGUGGCGGGGGCAUCACUGGGUGCGGGAGCGACAUCUGGUGGCGGCGUGCGGAUGUGGUGUAUGCCGGGAACGAGGUGUAUGUCGAUAUCAAUGAGACCAUGGACUGCAUCAUCGACAGGUGGGUGUGCUGGGGUGGGUGGGCAGGGAGAAGAAGAGAAUGAUGGAUGCGGUCAUGUGUUGUGGUGUGUUGUGUUGUGUUGUGUUGUCUGUCUGGGUGCAGUCAUGGUCAGACGGUCGCUGCCUCCAUUGCGGGCGAGGUUGUCGUCAACUCGAAGGUGCGUCGGUGGAUGUGGAACACGCCCACGCAGAUGGGCCAGUGGUGCCAUAUUCCCUCCUUGUUGUGUUGCUGAGCAGCUAUCAGGCCUGCCCGAUUUGACUCUGACAGUCAAGAACCCCUCACUGCUCGACAACUCAUCAUUCCACCCAUGUGUCAGGUACGCCACACGACCCACCACCUGCCCAGCUGCCAGCCAGUCCGCUUUCUACCAACCACGAAAUGCGUGUAGGUUACAUCGAUACGAGCGUGACAAGGUCCUGUCGUUUGUGCCGCCCGAUGGGGAGUUCACCGUGUGUCGGUACUGGCUGUCCGACCCCACCCUGCAGCCGCCCAUCAACCUCCAGCCGUCCCUCACGCUCAUGCAGGUCAGUAAGUUGGAUCACCUGACUGACUGACUGACUGACAUGCCUCGCGAGCCACUCACUGCACCGCUGUGUUUGUCUGUGGAUGGUGCAGACGAGUGGUCGUCUUGAGCUGCGUGUGGGUCCGAAGCUGUCGGUCGGUAUGGUGGGCGGCACUGGGGGCGGCACCGCGCACACGCAGGCCGUCCUGGAGAAGGUCUCCAUCACCAUACCCAUGCCAGAGUGAGCGAAAGACACACACACAAAGCAGACAAAGACGAGAGGGCGGCGUGCACGUGUGUGUGGGGUGGGGUGCGGUCAGGUUUGUGUCUGGCGCCACUCUGACGGCCACUGCCGGCACCAUCAAAUACAAGAGCGACACCAGAGUUAGCGACCCCGUCUACUGUGUGUUUUUCUGCGGUGCUUGACAUUGGCCGGGUCGUUGUCUGUUUGUGUGUGCAGGCGAUAGUGUGGAGCAUCCCCAAGCUGAGUUCCGACCAGCAGCCGCCGUCCCACUAUGCUGAGGGAACGGUAGGUAAACCGGGACACACAUCCACCGCCGAUUAAUGCAUGGCAUGGCAUGUAUGUCCAUCCAUCCAUCCAUCAGCUGACCUAUGACGGCGCUAAGGAGGGCAGCUACGGCCGCGUCGCGCCCCAGGAGCUCAAGUAACUAAGCCAACCAUCCCCCCAAUGUGUUUGUGUCAUAAAUUGUCCUCAAUGUGUUUGUGUCAUGCGUGUGUGCAGGUGUGUGGCGGAUGUGUCGUUUUUGGUCAAGGGCUGGGCCAUAUCAGGCGUCAAGGUAAGUAGGGUCGGCCACCCCAGUGACCCACACACAGAGCGUCAUCCAUUGUGUGCUUAUUCGUGUGCGCAGUUGGACACUUUGGAGGUGUCGUCAGUGAGCUACCAGCCCUACAAGGGCUGCCGAUACAGCACACAGGCCGGCCAUAUCGAGUAUCGACUCUGAUUGCAUUGAUUGAGCCAAGGCAGGCAGCAACGAAGGACCCUCCCUCCCCUGUCUGUGUGUUAUUUAUUCGUGUGUAAGAACUGCUGCCGGAUCGGUACGACACGUCAGACGCCGUGUGUGUGUGUGUGGCCGACUUUGUUUAUGGGCAUGGCCAUCGAUUGUCUUAACGAAAAAGUCCUCUAGAGAGAAAGAUCGAGUCUGAGUCUGAUGAUCGUUGUCACUCUGCAUCAUUCUGACUCUCUGUGUGACAACGAUGGAAACUCUGUGUGUGGCGAAGAUCGCUCGCACUCUGACUCACUGUGCUGGCCUUCGUUUCCAUCUCACCUUCCUGAUGGCCGACAGAUGCUCGCACAGGAGAGAGCAACUCUGACUAGACAGACAGACAGACAAGACAGACAGGCGAAAAGACCGGCAGGCCGGUAGUCGACCGAAAAACAGAGAGGACCUAGCUAUGGAGAACAGCACACCACAUUCAUUCUCACGCACACCCAAGACUGUCUGUACUUAUCGAAUGAAUCGAUCCAUCC